CUGCUGAGCAGCACCAUGGACCAGAUGAGCAGCCGGGCGGCCUCGGCCAGCCCCUACACUCCGGAGCACGCGGCCAGCGUGCCCACCCACUCCCCGUACGCACAACCCAGCUCCACCUUCGACACCAUGUCGCCUGCGCCCAUCAUCCCCUCCAACGCCGACUACCCCGGCCCCCACCACUUCGACGUCACCUUCCAGCAGUCCAGCACAGCCAAGUCGGCCACCUGGACGUACUCUCCACUGUUGAAGAAGCUGUACUGCCAAAUCGCCAAGACGUGUCCCAUCCAGAUCAAGGUGUCCACCCCGCCGCCCCCGGGCACGGCCAUCCGUGCCAUGCCUGUCUACAAGAAGGCGGAGCACGUGACCGAGGUCGUGAAGCGCUGUCCCAACCACGAGCUCGGGCGGGACUUCAACGAAGGACAGUCUGCCCCGGCCAGCCACCUCAUCCGCGUGGAGGGCAACAACCUCUCGCAGUACGUGGACGACCCCGUCACCGGCAGGCAGAGCGUCAUGGUGCCCUACGAGCCCCCACAGGUGGGCACCGAGUUCACCACCAUCCUAUACAACUUCAUGUGCAACAGCAGCUGCGUGGGGGGCAUGAACCGCCGGCCCAUCCUCAUCAUUAUCACCUUGGAGACCCGGGACGGCCAGGUGCUGGGCCGCCGGUCCUUCGAGGGCCGCAUCUGUGCCUGUCCUGGCCGAGACCGCAAGGCUGAUGAGGACCACUACCGGGAGCAGCAGGCGCUGAACGAGAGUGCUGCCAAGAACGGAGGAGCCGCCAGCAAGCGUGCCUUCAAGCAGAGCCCCCCGGCCAUCCCCGCCCUGGGCACCGGUGUGAAGAAGAGACGGCAGGGGGACGAGGACACGUACUAUAUGCACGUGCGGGGCCGGGAGAACUUUGAGAUCCUGAUGAAGGUCAAGGAGAGUCUGGAGCUGAUGGAGCUGGUGCCCCAGCAGGUGGUGGACUCCUACAGGCAGCAGCAGCAGCUCCUGCAGAGGCCAAACCACCUGCCGCCACCGUCCUACGGGCCAGUCCUCUCGCCCAUGAACAAAAUGCACGGGGGUGUCAACAAGCUGCCGUCCGUCAACCAGCUGGUGGGCCAGCCCCCCCCGCACAGCUCAGCCACAGGGCCCAACCUGGGGCCCAUGGGCCCUGGGAUACUCAGCAACCACGGCCACACCCUGCAGGCCAACGGCGAGAUGAACGGCAGCCACAGCUCCCAGUCCAUGGUCCCAGGGUCCCACUGCACCCCACCGCCCCCCUACCACGCCGACCCCAGCCUGGUCAGUUUUUUAACAGGAUUGGGGUGUCCCAACUGCAUCGAGCAUUUCACCUCUCAAGGCUUACAGAGCAUUUACCACCUGCAGAACCUGACCAUGGAGGACCUGGGCGCCCUGAAGAUCCCGGACCAGUACCGGAAUGCCAUCUGGAGGGGCCUGCAGGACCUGAAGCAGAGCCAUGACUGUGGCGCGCAGCAGCUGAUCCGCUCCAGCAGCAACGCCGCCACCAUCUCCAUCGGCGGCGCGGGCGAGCUGCAGCGGCAGCGCGUCAUGGAGGCCGUGCACUUCCGCGUGCGCCACACCAUCACCAUCCCCAACCGCGGCCCGGGCGGGGCGGGGGGCGCGGCGCCCGACGAGUGGGCCGACUUCGGCUUCGACCUCCCGGACUGCAAGUCCCGGAGACAGCCCAUCAAGGAGGAGUUCCCCGAGGGGGAGGCCAACUGA